GAUUGAUAUAGUUAAAUGUGAAAGUGAACAAUCACUGGCGGAUUGAUAUAGUUAAAUGUCAAAGUGAACAAUCACUGGCGGAUUGAUAUAGUUAAAUGUCAAAGUGAACAAUCACUGGCGGAUUGAUAUAGUUAAAUGUGAAAGUGAACAAUCACUGGCGGAUUGAUAUAGUUAAAUGUGAAAGUGAACAAUCACUGGCGGAUUGAUAUAGUUCAUUGUCUAAGUGAACAAUAACUGGCGGAUUGAUAUAGUACAAUGUCUAAGUGAACAAUAACUGGCGGAUUGAUAUAGCUCAAUGUCAAUGCGAACAAUCCACGGCGGAUUAAAACAGUGCAAUGUCUAAGUGAACAGUCACGUUUGGAUUGAUAUAGUACAUUGCCAAAGUGAACAUACUGCCAUGGAUAUUGGCGCGAGUAUUAAGGUGGGAGUUAUAACUGUAGUCCUACAAGUGUUUGUGGUUAUGGGUCUUGUAACCAUGACAAGAUUGUGUAUAAUCCGGAACAAAACGAUCACGGGAUCACUGAUCCGGCUUAGUUUAGUGAUGAACCUGUUGUCAGGGACGGCCAAUCUGGUAGGGCUUUUAGUCGGCACAAUACAAGGUACUUGGACCCUUGGGAACACCGCCUGCCAGCUGGUUGGGCUAACCAACCUCGUUCUGACCUCUGGGGCGACGUGGAUCAUGGCCAUAGCAGCCGUAGAAAGGUAUUUCCGGUUCUUGUUGGCCUCCGACCAUCCGUCGACAUUUUCUCAGAAGAACGUGAACAUCCUAGUGGCGGGAAUGUAUGUGUUGAUCAUUCUCGUGGCUACUGGGCCCCUCUACGGCUUAGGGGAGUACACCAACUUCCGCGGUCACGUGACACUGACAAUAAUGGCGAACUCAACCAUACAGAAUAUAUCGCAUGCUGACAAGAUGGCGGAUGAGAGAUUUCACGUUACGCUCCUUCAUCGGGCGACUGUUAUCGGUAAAAUCCCCGACCCCAUACCGUGGUUCGUGAAGCACCUAGAACAGGACUAUGGAAUGACCACAUCUCGAUUCAUGUGGAUGGACCGGGGUCUCUGCUUUCUGUUACGGGCUUGGACACAGCGUCACGCCCUGUCGUUUUGGUCAGCGUAUCAGGCGGACGGACUCAGAUCACAACUCACACGUCAUCUGUGGCAACAAGAACUAUUAUGGAGUGCCCGGAUGGAACACCUGGAUUUCGUUGCACAUCUAGAUCAAGAUGAGUACAGAAGAUAUGUGGAUAUAUACGUUCCCCUCUCAAAACCUUGGUCAGUGUACAGUGGAUUUCACGUCACCGCACGUGCACGCCACGCUAUGGUCCGGAUACCAAUUGGUCAUCAACACACUGUUGCCCCUCGCGCUCUCUCUAAUAAUGUACGCGGUGUUGUACGUUCGGAACCCCUACAUGAUGUCCGCGUUUGACAAGAACCUUUCACAGGAGGACUAUUCUAGCCUUCGCGUCUUCUGUACGUCAUCCAUGACGUCAUGCUUUUUCACUGUUAUUUACUUUGGUGUGACGUUGGCCAACGCUGAAGGCUCGUACAUAUCACCGGAUGUGAACUUUGCGGUGACCUUUGCUUAUUAUAGUAGUAAUUUAGCUAUGUGCGUGUGUGUUUGUUGUUACGACAAUAUGUGUCUGGCCGGACUCAAAGCCUCCUGUCAACAAUGUUGGUUGUACUCUCGGGACUCAAUUUCUAACGAGAUCUCGGACAUCAAGCUUCGUCAGAGAACACUGCCGAGAAUAAGGUAUGCCAACAAGGUUCGGUUUGGCCAGAUUAAUCUGUGACGUCAUUUAACGUAAUGUUUACAUGUUACACCGGGCAGUGCAGCAUGACUCCUUGUUGAGAUAUAUAUUGUUUUUCAGAAAGGCAAUUUGAGGGAAUCUGCUGGCCAGACAAUGAAUGCGAUGUUUGGGCACGGUCAAUGCAUUACUAAAUUGGUAACGGGGAAGUAUGUAACGCAUUAGUUAUCACACAGGGUAUAGAAAAUACUAUAUUGAUGCUCUUUUAUAAAGGACUGGACGGUCAUCUUGAAUGAGUGAACCCUGAUCAUGUCAGUGUAUGAAAAAAACGCAAAAUCAGGCAGUGGUAUUUCACAAAUUCUCCAGGUACUGCUUUAGAAAGAUACACACGGAAAACAUCAUUUAGAGUGAAAACAAAAUAAAUGAAUUUAAAAUCAAA